CUUCACAGAGGACAAAUAGGUGAUCUUCAGUCUAGGCCUAAUCCGGCCGGGGGGUAACCCCUGUUGGGUCACCUAUAUGGAGGAUUAAGAGAGACCUGAAGGGGAACCGCCGUGCCCCCUAAAUCCUCCCCCUCAAACAUCUUUUUUAACACUCUAAAAUUAGCCAGCUAACCCCACUACAAACAACUUCAUCAAAAAUUUAAAUAAUAAAUACUUAUCAAUAACUGACCAUCAGUGACACCAGACUAAGCUAGCAAAAAAGAACACACACACACACACACACACACACACGUACAGAUUUUCCCUUAGGACAUUGAUCAAAUUUACAUUUCUGUCUGUCUUUUAGGGAACUGUUCUCUGUUUUUAAGCUCACUUUUGAUUUUUGCUAUUUGCUCUUGACACUUCUUUUUUUCCUUUUUUCUUCCCCUUCCCUUUUUGCAAUCCACUUUUGUUCUUCUUUUAUUUUUUUAUUUUUUCAUUGUUUUAUAUUGUAUUAUUUUAUUUUAGGGUUCCUGUGCUUUUGUUUUUCUUCCCCCCUCCCCUCUUUUUUCUUAGGAAGGACUGACUCCUGAGGUUCUCAUGCCAGGAAAAAUGUACCUCCCUCACUCACGGUUUUACCCACAAUCCAUUUCUGCAACAGGGAGAUGGAUUCCCAAGGCUCUCAUGCCAGAGGCCCAAUUCCAAACCACCCCCUCACUGACUCAUUGACUUAGGUGCGCGCUCAUGUGAGCUCUGUAAGGGCUUGAGGGUUGUUCCAAAUGAAAUCGGUAAGUCAGCGAGGGCUCGGGAACGCCCCUUUCUGCACCCUUUCCGUAAGUCCGUACCGUUGAGGACUUUGGCUAUGAAAUUGCCCACAAUUCAUUGCGUUGUGGGCGUUACUGGAGGACAGCGACGCAGCCGGGGCCAGGAUUUAAAAAGGAACGAGGCCACAAGCGUCUCAACGUCUGCGACAGACACCAAAAAUGACGGAGAUCAUGGCGAAGAAGUUCAAGAAGAAGCAGUUCAUUUAGGAUCUAGGUGCACCCUUAAUACUCUAACAUGGAUGUUCCGCAUCGUGUAUGGUGGGCGCCGGAAUGCCAAGAUGAACAAGAAUGCACUACAUUAACAUGGAUAUAAUAUAUAUAGUACAGGCCAAAAGUUUGGACACACCUUUUCAUUCAAUGCAUUUUCUUUGUUUUCAUUACUAUUUAAAUUGUAGAUUCUCAAAACUAUGAAUGAACACAUGUGGAAUCAUGUGCUUAAGAAAAAAGUGUGAAAUAACUGAAAACAUGUUUUAUAUUUUAGAUUUCUCAAAGUAGCCACCCUUUACUUUUUUGAUAGCGCUGCAAACUUAAGCUGUUCUCUCAAUGAGCUUCAUGAGGUAGCCACCUGAAAUGGUUUUUACUUCACAGGAGUGCCUGAAGUAACCCUGACAAGGAACUACUGUCAUCAAGAGCAAAGGGUGGCUAUUUUAAAGAAACUAGAAUAUAAAACAUGUUUUCGGUUAUUUCACACUUUUUUUAUUAGUACAAAAUUCUACAUGUGUUCAUUCAUAGUUUUAAUGCCUUCAGUAAUGAUCUACAAUGUAAAUAGUCAUAUAAAAAAAAAGAAAAGACAUUGAAUGAGAAGGUGUGUCCAAACUUUUGGCCUGUACUGUAUAUAUAUAUAUAUAUAUAUAUAUAUAUAUAUAUAUAUAUAUGUAUAUAUAUAUAUAUAUACACAUAUAUGUGUGUGUGUGUGUGUGUGUGUAUACAUACAUAUAUACACACACACACAUACACACACGCAUGCGUUAUUCUUAUAACAAAGAAAAUUGAUUUUUACUUCAAACUUUUAUCUGAAUCAAUACAUUUUAUCCUGAACUAACACUCUAAAGCAGUGAUUACUUUCAGAAUCUAGUGCUUCAACCUUUUAACCAUUCAAUAUCACUUAACCUAUCAUUAAUGCUGGUUUUAUAAUUUAUCAAUCUAAUCAUUAUUUACCAAUUACCUGUUGUCUAUGUUCAAGAGCAAGUGUGUGCAAAAGGAGCGGAACAAUGUUGGCCUUUCUUCUGCAACGUCGCUGGCCGCGAAAUAAAUGCAGAAUUAAGAGCCCAGAGAGGCAAGUGUCAGUCGCAUCUUUGGUUGGCAACGUUGUCGUCUAUCGUCAAGGUAACGUGGCACGUCACAAAGGGCUGUUCCAUUGCUUUUAUACCCUUUUGGAGCCCUUAAACCCUCCCACACUCAAGCACUUACCAGCUGACUUAACCUAAGCUAAUGAGGGUGCAGGGCUUGAGGGCUUAGGGUGGAGUUUGGAAUUGGGCCAGAAAGGAAGUACCUCACUCACUCUCGGUUUUACCCACAAUCCUUUGCUGUAACAGGAAGAUUGAUUCCUUAGGCUCUCAUCCCUCAGAACUAAAAUACCCACAAUCCCUUGCGAUUGCAUACAAAUUUAAUGUAGCAAAACUCAAUUUAAAACAAAUAAACCACUUUAAAAUUAACUUAAAACAACUUGAAAGUUUAAAAUACAACCAAACAAACAUCGAGAAGAGAACACAACCAUGUCUGAGAGGAACAACACAAACCAUGAGUCGAGCCCAACUCUGGGGAUGUCUGCUCCUGUUAAAAGCACUUUUAAGUGCUGUGCACUAAAGAGCAAUUCCUGUUCCUGUAAUUGAGACAAAGCACUGACCACUGGACCAAGAAGACGGACCACCGCCUCGAGGAAGACCCCGUGCCGCCACCUGAAAGAAGACGCCGCACCUCCUUCACUCCAAGCCGGCCACCACCGAGCUUCGACCCUUCUAUUUUGAGUGUUGGUUUAUCCUGGUGCAUGAAUAAAAGUCCAUAAAACCCGCACCUUUUAUGGUUUACUUUAAUUUCUACUCUAACAUAGCAUUUCAGCAUUUGUCCAUUUACCAAACUCGUAUUUCCCACCUCUUGAUCCCAGGGUCCAGUUUUUUACAGUUUCCUUUUUUCACCUUUUCGUUUUUGCCACUCUCGUAUUUCCCACUUUCUAAUUUGGUAAACAUUGUACAUUCCAUAUUUUAUCCCAGUUUUUAUUUUUUAUUUUUUAUUUUUUAUUUUUAGUUCUAUUUUUAUUUUCCUAUUAAUUUCCCCCUACCUGUAUAUUGUACCUUUUUUGAACAAAUAAAAAAUGUUUUGGAACAACUAUACACUCAAUUUUUAUUCCACCUUUUUUUUUUCAUACUAAUUUACUUUAUAAUUUAACAGUUCCUGUUUGUACUUUUUAACAAAAUAAACAGUGUAGAAAGUGAUGACACAAUUUUAUACAACAUUCUAAUUUACACCCGUAAGCAACAAUUUGGGAGCUAACCUUACUUAUUAAACUCAAAAUUGUUUAACUCAUGGAUUACAACUUUAGAAUAGUCCAAUACCUAAAUAAACUACAAUUCCUACUCACUUUCUAACUCUGAAAUAAUAAUUUACAGUGAACCCUAGGUCCUAUAUAAUCUAUAUAAAAAAUCUCCACUUAACUCCAAACUUAUCCAUCUAAAACAAUGCAACCUUCUGAAAAGUCGAUACUCUGGACCAAUAAUUCUAUUUAUUGAUCUAAAAUUAAUAAUAUAACAAAACUAAAUUAUGCAAUUAUUAAUGAAAUUGACACUUUUGACUCUGAAAUAAUAAUUUCCAAAAUAUAAUUUAUAACUAACCUUUAAGAUCUAUUUUAGAUCACAGCGUUAGGGAGUUCAGCAGAUUCUAUGGCCUAGACAGGCCUGAGUAGAAGGGGAUCCAGACAGAACCGUCCGCUUUUGACUCUGAAUAAUAAUUUAUAAAUAAUAAUUCAUAAAUAUUUCCGAUUUAAUCUAAAAUAAUUUUAGGUCACAGCGGUAGGGAGUCUAGCAGAGUCUUUGGCCUAGACAGGCUUGAAUGGAAGGGGUUCCAGACAGAACCGUCCACUUUUGACUCUGAAUAAUAAUUUAUAAAUAAUAAUUCAUAAAUAUUUCCGAUUUAAUCUAAAAUAAUCUUAGGUCACAGCCUUGAGGGAGUUUAGCAGAGUCUAAAGCCUAGACAGGCCUGAGUGGAAGGGCUUCCAGACAGAACCAUCCACUUUUGACUCUAAAAUAAGAAAUAAUAUAUUUUGAAAUAAUUUUGAAAUUAUAUAUAAAUAUUUGCAAUUUAAUCUUAAAUAAUUUUUAAUCAUAGCCUUGAGGGAGCUUAGCAGAGUCUAUGGCCUAGACAGGCCUGAGUGGAAGGGGUUUCAGACAGAACCAUCCAAUACCCGGGUAUUACCUAAAGGAUGCCCUACCACACCAAAUUUAUUUAUUUUUAUUUUUCGUUUUUUUCUUGGUCUAAUUAACUCCAGAAGGUUGGAAAAGAGUUCCUACAAAGGUUUUGGAGUGUAAUUUUUACCCUAACGCCAAAAACCUUAAACCUUACCCACGCCCCAUGACCUAAUACCCGGGUAUUACCAUCAGAAAGCCCGAAAACCCCCAAUUUUUUUUUCUUUGUUCUUUUUUUUUGGUCUAACUAACUCCAAAAGGUUGGAAAAGAGUUCCUACAAAGGUUUUGGACAGUGAUUUUAACUCUAACGCCAAUAAACUUAAACCUUACCAUAGCCCCAUGACCUAAUACCCGGGUAUUACCUUCAGGAAGCCCGAACACCCCAAAUAUAUUUUUUUUCAUUUUACAUUUUUUUUGGUGUAACCAACUCCAAAAGGUCUGAAACAUGUUCCUAAAAAGGUUUUGGACAGUGAUUUUAACCCUCACGCCAAAAACCUUAAACCUUACCCACGCCCCAUGACCUAAUACCCGGGUAUUACCUUCAGGAAGCCCGAACACCCCAAAUAUCUUUUUUUCAUUUUACAUUUUUUUUGGUGUAACCAACUCCAGAAGGUCUGAAACAUGUUCCUAAAAAGGUUUUGGACAGUGAUUUUAACCCUAACGCCAAAAACCUUAAACCUUACCCUAGCCCCAAAACCUAAUACCCGGGUAUUACCAUCAGGAAGCCCGAAAACCCCCAAUUUUUUUUUUCUUUGUUCUUUUUUUUUUGGUCUAACUAACUCCAAAAGGUUGGAAAAGAGUUCCUACAAAGGUUUUGGACAGUGAUUUUAACCCUAACGCCAAAAACCUUAAACCUUACCAUAGCCCCAUAACCUAAGACCCGGGUAUUACUUUCAGGAAGCCCGAAGACCCCAAAUAUUUUUUUUUUUCAUUUUUCGUUUUUUUUUUGUCUUACUAACUCCAAAAGGUUGGAAAAGAGUUCCUACAAAGGUUUUGGACAGUGAUUUUAACCCGAACGCCAAAAACCUUAAACCUUACCCUAGCCCCAAAACCGGGUAUUACCUUCAGGAAGCCCGAACACCUCAAAUAUUUUUUUUUCAUUUUACAUUUUUUUUGGUGUAACCAACUCCAAAAGGUCUGAAACAUGUUCCUACAAAGGUUUUGGCAGCGAUUUUAACCCUAAGGCCAAAAACCUUAAGCCUUACCCUAGCCCCAUAACCUAAUAUCUGUAUAUUACCUUCAGGAAGCUCGAAAACCCCAAAUAUAUAUUUUUUAUUUUUUAUUUUUUUUUUGGUCUAACUAACUCCAAAAGGUUGGAAAAGAGUUCCUACAAAGGUUUUGGACAGUGAUUUUAACCCUAACGCCAAAAACCUUAAACCUUACCAUAGCCCCAUAACCUAAUACCCGGGUAUCACCUUCAGGAAGCCCGAACACCCCAAAUAUCUUUUUUUUCAUUUUACAUUUUUUUUGGUGUAACCAACUCCAAAAGGUCUGAAAAAUGUUCCUAAAAAGGUUUUGGAUAAUGAUUUUAACUCUAACUCCAAAAACCUUAAACCUUACCCUAGCCCCAAAACCCAAUACCCGGGUAUUACCUUCAGGAAGCCCGAAGACCCCAAAUAUUUUUUUUUCAUUUUUCAUUUUUUUUUGGUCUAACUAACUCCAAAAAAAACUCCGAUUUAAUCCUAAAUAAUUUUAGGUCACAGUGUUAGGGAGUUUAGCAGAGUCAAUGACCUAGACAGGCCUGAGUGGAAGGGGUUCCAGACAGAACCAUCCACUUUUGACUCUGAAAUAAGAAAUAAUAAAUUUGAAAUAAUUUUAAAAUAAAUUAAUAAAUAUUUGCAAUUUAAUCUUAAAUAAUUUUUAAUCAUAGCCUUGAGGGAGCUUAGCAGAGUCUAUGGCCUAGACAUGCCUGAGUGGAAGGGGUUCCAGACAGAACUGUCCACUUUUGACUCUGAAUAAUAAUUUAUAAAUAAUAAUUAAUAAAUCUCUCCGAUAUAAUAUAAAAUAAUUUUAGGUCACAGCGUUAGGGAGUUUAGCAGAGUCUAUGGCCUAGACAGGCCUGGGUGGAAGGGGUUUCGGACAGAACCAUCCACUUUUGACUGUGAACAAUAAUACUUUAUAAAUAACAAUUAAUAAAUAUCUCCGAUUUAAUCUAAAAUAAUUUUAGGUCACAGCGUUAGGGAGUUUAGCAGAGUCUAUGGCCUAGACAGGCCUGAGUGGAAGGGGUUCCAGACAGAACCAUCCACUUUUGACUCUGAAUAAUAAUUUAUAAAGAAUAAUUUAUAAAUAUUUCCGAUUUAAUCUAAAAUAAUUUUAGGUCACAGCGUUAGGGAGUUAAACAGCGUCUAAAGCCUAGACAGGCCUGAGUGGAAGGGGUUCAAGACAGAACUGUCCACUUUUGACUCUGAAUUAAUAAUUUCUAAAUAAUGAUUCAUAAAUAUUUCCAAUUUAAUCUAAAUAAUUUUUAGGUCACAGCAUUAGGGAGUUUAGCAGAGUCUAUGGCCUAGACAGGCCUGGGUGGAAGGAGUUCCAGACGGAACUGUCGACUUUUGACUCUGAAAUAAUACUUUAUCAAUAACAAUUUAUAACUAACCUUAUAUUUUAUACUUCAAUUUCAUUACUUCCAACCAUAGCUUUGCUACCUUUAACAGAGUCCAGAGUCUAGACAAUCUGGUGUCGUAUUCCUUAAUGAAUUUCAAUUCUUCCAAAUAGCCACGGUUAGCUCCCUACAGACACUAACACUUACCCUAACCCUAACCCUAACCCUAACCCUAACCCUAAAUCUAACCCUAACCCCUAACCCUAACCCUAACCUUACUAACCUCUAUCUUAGCUUAGUCACCCCCACCCUCUUUUUUCAUAUCAGAGGAUGAAAACCACCAGGUGAGGAGAGUUUCUCUGGCUAGUCACUGUGGCAAGUUCUAUUCUCUCUCUAUCACUCGAAUCCCUGUAGAAGCAGAAUGGUUGCAGUCCCAACAACCUGUUUCUCUCUCCCCAUCCUCUGAGACUUUGCACUAAUGCACCCUACUCCUAUAGAUAAAAUUCACCCUAUUCCCUCCCUACUAACACCACCUAGUCCUUCUCAAUAAGAAAAAUUAUUAUUAUUAUUAGUAUUAUUAUUAUUAUUAUUAUCAUUAUUAUUAUUAUUAUUAUUUUAACACUUAACCAUACCAACUCUAAUCCAUAACUGAACCUCCAAAAAUAAUUGCUCUACAAACACAUAGUCUAAAAGAUAGACAGCAUAGCAUACAAAUUGAGCUGAGUCAUUAAACUUCCUACCAACACAUUACACAGAUUGAGCUCAGAGACUCGACUGGGAACAUGUGACAGGUCGAACUGGGUAUUACCUUAAGGAAGCCUUAACACCCCCCAAAAUUUUUUUUUAAUUUUUCGUUUUUUUUUUGUCUAACUAACUCCAAAAGGUCUGAAACUUGUUCCUAAAAAGGUUUUGGACAGUGAUUUUAACCCUAACACCAAAAACCUUUAACCUUUACCUAGCCCUGUAACCUAAUACCCGGGUAUUACCUAAAGGAUGCCCUACCACACCAAAUUUAUUUAUUUUUAUUUUUCAUUUUUUUCUUGGUCUAAUUAACUCCAGAAGGUUGGGAAAGAGUUCCUACAAAGGUUUUGGACAGUAAUUUUUACCCUAACGCCAAAAACCUUAAACCUUACCCACGCCCCAUGACCUAAUACCCGGGUAUUACCAUCAGGAAGCCCGAAAACCCCCAAUUUUUUUUUCUUUGUUCUUUUUUUUUGGUCUAACUAACUCCAAAAGGUUGGAAAAGAGUUCCUAAAAAGGUUUUGGACAGGGAUUUUAACCCUAACGCCAUAAACCUUAAACCUUACCAUAGCCCCAUAACCUAAGACCCGGGUAUUACUUUCAGAAAGCCCGAACACCCCAAAUAUUUUUUUUUCAUUUUUCCUUUUUUUUUGGUGUAACCAACUCCAAAAGGUCUGAAACAUGUCCCUAAAGAGGUUUUGGACAGUGAUUUUGACCCUAACGCCAAAAACCUUAAACCUUCCCCUAGCCCCAUAACCUAAUAGCCGGGUAUUACCUUCAGGAAGCCCAAAAACCCCAAAUAUUUUUUUUUCAUUUCACAUUUUUUUGGUCUAGCUAACUCCAAAAGGUUGGAAAAGAGUUCCUACAAAGGUUUUGGACAGUGAUUUUAACUCUAACGCCAAUAAACUUAAACCUUACCAUAGCCCCAUGACCUAAUACCCGGGUAUUACCUUCAGGAAGCCCGAACACCCCAAAUAUAUUUUUUUUCAUUUUACAUUUUUUUUGGUGUAACCAACUCCAAAAGGUCUGAAACAUGUUCCUAAAAAGGUUUUGGACAGUGAUUUUAACCCUCACGCCAAAAACCUUAAACCUUACCCACGCCCUAUGACCUAAUACCCGGGUAUUACCAUGAGGAAGCCCGAAAACCCCCAAUUUUUUUUUCUUUGUUCUUUUUUUUUUUGGUCUAACUAACUCCAAAAGGUUGGAAAAGAGUUCCUACAAAGGUUUUGGACAGUGAUUUUAACCCUAACGCCAAAAACCUUAAACCUUACCAUAGCCCCAUAACCUAAGACCCGGGUAUUACUUUCAGGAAGCCCGAACACCCCAAAUAUUUUUUUUUCAUUUUUCCUUUUUUUUUUGGUGUAACCAACUCCAAAAGGUCUGAAACAUGUCCCUAAAGAGGUUUUGGACAGUAAUUUUAACCCUAACGCCAAAAACCUUAAACCUUACCCUAGCCCCAUAAACUAAUAACCGGGUAUUACCUUCAGGAAGCCCGAACACCCCAAAUAUUUUUUUUUCAUUUAACAUUUUUUUUGGUCUAACUAACUCCAAAAGGUUGGAAAAGAGUUCCUACAAAGGUUUUGGACAGUGAUUUUAACUCUAACGCCAAUAACCUUAAACCUUACCAUAGCCCCAUGACCUAAUACCCGGGUAUUACCUUCAGGAAGCCCGAACACCCCAAAUAUAUUUUUUUUCUAUUUUACAUUUUUUUUGGUGUAACCAACUCCAAAAGGUCUGAAACAUGUUCCUAAAAAGGUUUUGGACAGUGAUUUUAACUCUAACGCCAAAAACCUUAAACCUUACCAUACCCCCAUAACCUAAUACCCGGGUAUUACCUUCAGGAAGCCCGAACACCCCAAAUAUUACUUUUUCAUUUUUCUUUUUUUUUUGGUGUAACCAACUCCAAAAGGUCUGAAACAUGUUCCUACAAAGGUUUUGGCAGUGAUUUUAACCCUAAGGCCAAAAACCUUAAGCCUUACCCUAGCCCCAUAACCUAAUAUCCGUAUUAUUAGGUUGAAGACCCCAAAUAUUUUUUUUUCAUUUUUCAUUUUUUUUUGGUCUAACUAACUCCAAAAGGUUGGAAAAGAGUUCCUACAAAGGUUUUGGACAGUGAUUUUAACCCUAACGCCAAAAACCUUAAACCUUACCCUAGCCCCAAAACCUAAUACCGGGGUAUUACCUUCAGGAAGCCUGAACACCCCAAAUAUUUUUUUUCAUUUUUCGUUAUUUUUUGGUCUAACUAAUUCCAAAAGGUCUGAAACAUGUUCCUACAAAGGUUUUGGCAGUGAUUUUAACCCUAAGGCCAAAAACCUUAAGCCUUACCCUAGCCCCAUAACCUAAUAUCCGUAUUAUUAGGUUGAAGACCCCAAAUAUUUUUUUUUCAUUUUUCAUUUUUUUUUUGGUCUAACUAACUCCAAAAGGUUGGAAAAGAGUUCCUACAAAGGUUUUGGACAGUGAUUUUAACCCUAACGCCAAAAACCUUAAACCUUACCCUAGCCCCAAAACCUAAUACCGGGGUAUUACCUUCAGGAAGCCUGAACACCCCAAAUAUUUUUUUUCAUUUUUCGUUAUUUUUUGGUCUAACUAAUUCCAAAAGGUCUGAAACAUGUUCCUACAAAGGUUUUGGACACUGAUUUUAACUCUAACGCCAAAAACCUUAAACCUUACCCUAGCCCCAUAACAUAAUACCCGGGUAUUACCUUCAGGAAGCCCGAACACCCCAAAUAUCUAUUUUUUAUUUUUCUUGUUUUUUGGUCUAACUAACUCCAAAAGGUUGGAACAGAGUUCCUACAAAGGUUUUGGACAGUGAUUUUAACCCUGACGCCAAAAACCUUAAACCUUACCCUAGCCCCAAAACCUAAUACCGGGGUAUUACCUUCAGGAAGCCCGAAGACCCCAAAUAUUUUUUUUUCAUUUUUCAUUAUUUUUUGGUCUAAAUAAUUCCAAAAGGUCUGAAACAUGUUCCUACAAAGGUUUUGGACACUGAUUUUAACUCUAACGCCAAAAACCUUAAACCUUACCCUAGCCCUGUAACAUAAUACCCGAGUAUUACCUUCAGGAAGCCCGAAAACCCCAAAUAUUUUUUUUUCUUUUUCUUUUUUUUUUUUUUGUCAAACUAAAUCCUAAAGGUUGGAACAGAGUUCCUACAAAGGUUUUGGACAGUGAUUUUAACCCCAACGCCAAAAACCUUAAACCUAACCAUAGCCCCAUAACCUAAUACCCGGGUAUUACCUUCAGGAAGCCCGAACACCCCAAAUAUAUAUUUUUUAAUUUUAUUUUUUUUGGUCUAACUAACUCCAAAAGGUUCGAAAAGAGUUCCUACAAAGGUUUUGGACAGUGAUUUUAACCCUAACGCCAAAAACCUUAAACCUUUCCAAAGCCCCAUAACCUUAUACCCGGGUAUUACCUUCAGGAAGCCUGAACACCCCAAAUAUGUUUUUUUCAUUUUUCAUUUUUUUUUGGUCUAAAUAACUCAAAAAGGUUGGAACAGAGUUCCUACAAAGGUUUUGGACAGUGAUUUUAACCCUAACGCCAAAAACCUUAAACCUUACCCUAGCCCCAAAACCUAAUACCCGGGUAUUACCUUCAGGAAGCCCGAACACCCCAAAUAUUUUUUUUCCAUUUUUCGUUUUUUUUUGGUCUAACUAAUUCCAAAAGGUCUGAAACAUGUUCCUACAAAGGUUUUGGACACUGAUUUUAACCCUAAAGCCAAAAACCUUAAACCUUACCCUAGCCCCAAAACCUAAUACCCGGGUAUUACCUUCAGGAAGCCCGAACACCCCAAAUAUUUUUUUUUCAUUUUUCAUUUUUUUUGGUCUAACUAAUUCCAAAAGGUCUGAAACAUGUUCCUACAAAGGUUUUGGACAGUGAUUUUAACCCUAAAGCCAAAAACCUUAAACCUUACCCUAGCCCCAAAACCUAAUACCCGGGUAUUACCUUCAGGAAGCCCGAACACCCCAAAUAUUUUUUUUUCAUUUUUCAUUUUUUUUGGUCUAACUAACUCCAAAAGGUUGAAAAAGAGUUCCUACAAAGGUUUUGGACAAUGAUUUUAACCCUAAGGCCAAAAACCUUAAACCUUACCCUAGCCCCAUAACCUAAUACAUGAAUUACCUUCAGGAAGCCCGAACAACCCAAAUAUCUUUUUUUCAUUUUACAUUUUUUUUGGUGUAACCAACUCCAGAAGGUCUGAAACAGGUUCCUAAAAAGGUUUUGGACAGUGAUUUUAACCCUACGCCAAAUACCUUAAACCUUACCCUAGCCCCAAAACCUAAUACCCGGGUAUUACUUUCAGGAAGCCCGAACACCCCAAAUAUUUUUUUUUCAUUUUUCCUUUUUUUUUGGUGUAACCAACUCCAAAAGGUCUGAAACAUGUCCCUAAAGAGGUUUUGGACAGUAAUUUUAACCCUAACGCCAAAAACCUUAAACCUUACCCUAGCCCCAUAACCUAAUAACUGGGUAUUACCUUCAGGAAGCCCAAAAACCCCAAAUAUUUUUUUUUCAUUUAACAUUUUUUUUGGUCUAACUAACUCCAAAAGGUUGGAAAAGAGUUCCUACAAAGGUUUUGGACAGUGAUUUUAACUCUAACGCCAAUAACCUUAAACCUUACCAUAGCCCCAUGACCUAAUACCCGGGUAUUACCUUCAGGAAGCCCGAACACCCCAAAUAUAUUUUUUUUCUAUUUUACAUUUUUUUUGGUGUAACCAACUCCAAAAGGUCUGAAACAUGUUCCUAAAAAUGUUUUGGACAGUGAUUUUAACCCUCACACCAAAAACCUUAAACCUUACCAUAGCCCCAUAACCUAAUACCCGGGUAUUACUUUCAGGAAGCCCGAACACCCCAAAUAUUACUUUUUCAUUUUUCUUUUUUUUUUGGUGUAACCAACUCCAAAAGGUCUGAAACAUGUCUCUAAAGAGGUUUUGGACAGUAAUUUUAACUCUAACUCCAAAAACCUUAAACCUUACCCUAGCCCCAAAACCCAAUACCCGGGUAUUACCUUCAGGAAGCCCGAAGACCCCAAAUAUUUUUUUUUCAUUUUUCAUUUUUUUUUUGGUCUAACUAACUCCAAAAGGUUGGAAAAGAGUUCCUACAAAGGUUUUGGACAGUGAUUUUAACCCUAACGCCAAAAACCUUAAACCUUACCCUAGCCCCAAAACCUAAUACCGGGGUAUUACCUUCAGGAAGCCUGAACACCCCAAAUAUUUUUUUUCAUUUUUCGUUAUUUUUUGGUCUAACUAAUUCCAAAAGGUCUGAAACAUGUUCCUACAAAGGUUUUGGACACUGAUUUUAACUCUAACGCCAAAAACCUUAAACCUUACCCUAGCCCCAUAACAUAAUACCCGGGUAUUACCUUCAGGAAGCCCGAACACCCCAAAUAUAUAUUUUUUAUUUUUCUUGUUUUUUUGUCAAACUAAAUCCAAAAGGUUGGAACAGAUUUCCUACAAAGGUUUUGGACAGUGAUUUUAACCCUAACGCCAAAAACCUUAAACCUUACCCUAGCCCCAAAACCUAAUACCGGGGUAUUACCUUCAGGAAGCCCGAAGACCCCAAAUAUUUUUUUUUCAUUUUUCAUUAUUUUUUGGUCUAAAUAAUUCCAAAAGGUCUGAAACAUGUUCCUACAAAGGUUUUGGACACUGAUUUUAACUCUAACGCCAAAAACCUUAAACCUUACCCUAGCCCCAUAACAUAAUACCCGAGUAUUACCUUCAGGAAGACCGAACACCCCAAAAAUUUUUUUUUUCUUUUUCUUUUUUUUUUUUGUCAAACUAAAUCCAAAAGGUUGGAACAGAGUUCCUACAAAGGUUUUGGACAGUAAUUUUAACCCUAACGCCAAAAACCUUAAACCUAACCAUAGCCCCAUAACCUAAUACCUUGGUAUUACCUUCAGGAAGCCCGAACACCCCAAAUAUAUAUUUUUAUUUUUUAUUUUUUUUGGUCUAACUAACUCCAAAAGGUUCGAAAAGAGUUCCUACAAAGGUUUUGGACAGUGAUUUUAACCCUAACGCCAAAAACCUUAAACCUAAUCAUAGCCCCAUAACCAAAUACCCGGGUAUUACCUUCAGGAACCCCGAACACCUCAAAUAUUUUUUUCAUUUUACAUUUUUUUGGUGUAACUGUCUCCAAAAGGUCUGAAACUUGUUCCUACAAAGGUUUUGGACAGUGAUUUUAACCCUAACGCCAAAUACCUUAAACCUUACCCUAGCCCCAAAACCUAAUACCGGGGGUAUUACCAUCAGGAAGCCCGAAAACCCCCAAUUUUUUUUUCUUUGUUCUUUUUUUUGGUCUUACUAACUCCAAAAGGUUGGAAAAGAGUUCCUACAAAGGUUUUGGACAGUGAUUUUAACCCUAACGCCAAAAACCUUUAACUUUACCCUAGCCCCAAAACCUGAUACCCGGGUAUUACCUUCAGGAAGCCCGAAAACCCCCAAUUUUUUUUUUUCAUUUUUUAUUUAUUUUUUUGGUCUAGCUAACUCCAAAAGGUUGGAAAGGAGUUCCUACAAAGGUUUUGGACAGUGAUUUUAACUCUAACGCCAAAAACCUUAAACCUUACCCUAGCCCCAAAACCUAAUACCCGGGUAUUACCUUCAGGAAGCCCGAAGACCCCAAAUAUUUUUUUUUUCAUUUUUCGUUUUUUUUUUGUCUUACUAACUCCAAAAGGUUGGAAAAGAGUUCCUACAAAGGUUUUGGACAGUGAUUUUAACCCGAACGCCAAAAACCUUAAACCUUACCCUAGCCCCAAAACCGGGUAUUACCUUCAGGAAGCCCGAACACCUCAAAUAUUUUUUUUUCAUUUUACAUUUUUUUUGGUGUAACCAACUCCAAAAGGUCUGAAACAUGUUCCUACAAAGGUUUUGGCAGUGAUUUUAACCCUAAGGCCAAAAACCUUAAGCCUUACCCUAGCCCCAUAACCUAAUAUCCGUAUAUUACCUUCAGGAAGCUCGAAAACCCCAAAUAUAUAUUUUUUAUUUUUUAUUUUUUUUUGGUCUAACUAACUCCAAAAGGUUGGAAAAGAGUUCCUACAAAGGUUUUGGACAGUGAUAUUGACCCUAACGCCAAAAACCUUAAACCUUACCAUAGCCCCAUAACCUAAUACCCGGGUAUCACCUUCAGGAAGCCCGAACACCCCAAAUAUUUUUUUUUUCAUUUUACAUUUUUUUGGGUGUAACCAACUCCAAAAGGUCUGAAAAAUGUUCCUAAAAAGGUUUUGGAUAAUGAUUUUAACCCUAACGCCAAAAACCUUAAACCUUACCAUAGCCCCAUAACCUAAUAACCGGGUAUUACCUUCAGGAAGCCCGAACACCCCACAUAUAUUUUUUUCAUUUUACAUUUUUUUGGUCUAACUAACUCCAAAAAAAACUCCGAUUUAAUCCUAAAUAAUUUUAGGUCACAGUGUUAGGGAGUUUAGCAGAGUCAAUGACCUAGACAGGCCUGAGUGGAAGGGGUUCCAGACAGAACCAUCCACUUUUGACUCUGAAAUAAGAAAUAAUAAAUUUGAAAUAAUUUUAAAAUAAAUUAAUAAAUAUUUGCAAUUUAAUCUUAAAUAAUUUUUAAUCAUAGCCUUGAGGGAGCUUAGCAGAGUCUAUGGCCUAGACAUGCCUGAGUGGAAGGGGUUCCAGACAGAACUGUCCACUUUUGACUCUGAAUAAUAAUUUAUAAAUAAUAAUUAAUAAAUCUCUCCGAUAUAAUAUAAAAUAAUUUUAGGUCACAGCGUUAGGGAGUUUAGCAGAGUCUAUGGCCUAGACAGGCCUGGGUGGAAGGGGUUUCGGACAGAACCAUCCACUUUUGACUGUGAACAAUAAUACUUUAUAAAUAACAAUUAAUAAAUAUCUCCGAUUUAAUCUAAAAUAAUUUUAGGUCACAGCGUUAGGGAGUUUAGCAGAGUCUAUGGCCUAGACAGGCCUGAGUGGAAGUUCCAGACAGAACCAUCCACUUUUGACUCUGAAUAAUAAUUUAUAAAGAAUAAUUUAUAAAUAUUUCCGAUUUAAUCUAAAAUAAUUUUAGGUCACAGCGUUAGGGAGUUAAACAGCGUCUAAAGCCUAGACAGGCCUGAGUGGAAGGGGUUCAAGACAGAACUGUCCACUUUUGACUCUGAAUUAAUAAUUUCUAAAUAAUGAUUCAUAAAUAUUUCCAAUUUAAUCUAAAUAAUUUUUAGGUCACAGCAUUAGGGAGUUUAGCAGAGUCUAUGGCCUAGACAGGCCUGGGUGGAAGGAGUUCCAGACGGAACUGUCCACUUUUGACUCUGAAAUAAUACUUUAUCAAUAACAAUUUAUAACUAACCUUAUAUUUUAUACUUCAAUUUCAUUACUUCCAACCAUAGCUUUGCUACCUUUAACAGAGUCCAGAGUCUAGACAAUCUGGUGUCGUAUUCCUUAAUGAAUUUCAAUUCUUCCAAAUAGCCACGGUUAGCUCCCUACAGACACUAACACUUACCCUAACCCUAACCCUAACCCUAACCCUAAAUCUAACCCUAACCCCUAACCCUAACCCUAACCUUACUAACCUCUAUCUUAGCUUAGUCACCCCCACCCUCUUUUUUCAUAUCAGAGGAUGAAAACCACCAGGUGAGGAGAGUUUCUCUGGCUAGUCACUGUGGCAAGUUCUAUUCUCUCUCUAUCACUCGAAUCCCUGUAGAAGCAGAAUGGUUGCAGUCCCAACAACCUGUUUCUCUCUCCCCAUCCUCUGAGACUUUGCACUAAUGCACCCUACUCCUAUAGAUAAAAUUCACCCUAUUCCCUCCCUACUAACACCACCUAGUCCUUCUCAAUAAGAAAUAUUAUUAUUAUUAUUAUUAUUAUUAUUAUUAUUAUUAUUAUUAUUAUUAUUAUUAUUAUUAUUAUUAUUAUUAUUUUAACACUUAACCAUACCAACUCUAAUCCCUAACUGAACCUCCAAAAAUAAUUGCUCUACAAACACAUAGUCUAAAAGAUAGACAGCAUAGCAUACAAAUUGAGCUGAGUCAUUAAACUUCCUACCAACACAUUACACAGAUUGAGCUCAGAGACUCGACUGGGAACAUGUGACAGGUCGAACUGGGUAUUACCUUAAGGAAGCCUUAACACCCCCCAAAAUUUUUUUUUAAUUUUUCGUUUUUUUUUUGUCUAACUAACUCCAAAAGGUCUGAAACUUGUUCCUAAAAAGGUUUUGGACAGUGAUUUUAACCCUAACACCAAAAACCUUUAACCUUUACCUAGCCCUGUAACCUAAUACCCGGGUAUUACCUAAAGGAUGCCCUACCACACCAAAUUUAUUUAUUUUUAUUUUUCAUUUUUUUCUUGGUCUAAUUAACUCCAGAAGGUUGGGAAAGAGUUCCUACAAAGGUUUUGGACAGUAAUUUUUACCCUAACGCCAAAAACCUUAAACCUUACCCACGCCCCAUGACCUAAUACCCGGGUAUUACCAUCAGGAAGCCCGAAAACCCCCAAUUUUUUAGGGCCCGAGCGUAGCUGCUAAGCAGCUGCGAGAGCCCUCUUGUUCCUGUAGUUUCCUUCUUUUGUUAUUAUUAUUAUUAUUAUUUUUCCUCCCCUUUGAACUGGAAAAUGGCCCACUUCCCACUGGCGAAAACUCAUGAAAUUUGGCAGGACGACCGGGCCUGGUGAAAAAUUUGAUAUUCCGAAGUCGCCCAAACAAGAAAAUGCAAAAUGGCUCCAUAGCGCCCCCUAAGGUGAAAAUUCACACUAUUCACUGUCACGCCGGUACGCUUUGUCAAAAUGACACAAAAAUUGACAAACACAUGUAUCUCAAUAAGAUCUACAAAAAAGUCAGUGCGGGCGUAUCUGUCAAAUGUACGGUUAAAGGGUUAUUUCGCAUUUUUUGCCGAUCCGCACACAUUGGAAUUUCGCUAACUCCUCCGAAGGCUUUCGUUCCACCGGCACCACAUUUGCUCAGGCCAAUCUACACCCCAUGGCCAUUAAAAGUUAUUCAAAUCAUGACGCUGCACCCCACGGUUUAGGUUCUAGGGGGCGCCAAAGAUAACCCUAAGAUCCACAUAUUUAAAAGUCUUAUAACUUUUUAUUUUUGCCCUCACUGGCCUCCAAGUUUUCUAGGAUGAUGCAAUGUCCAGCCAUCAACACAUUUGUGAAGGAAUUUUUACUCCCCAAAAGAGCGCCCCCCCAUGGCAGGAGAAAAAAGUCCAUUUUUUCUUGUCCCCUAAGGUGAAAAUACACAUUGUUGAGUGUAACACCUGUACGCUUUGGCAAAAUGACACAAAAAUUGACACACACAUGUAUCUCAAUAAGAUCUACGAAAAAGUCAAUGCGCGCGUAUCUGUCAAAUGUACGGUUAAAGGGUUAUUCCGCAUUUUUUGCCGAUCCGCACACAUUGGAAUUUCGCUAACUCCUCCGAAGGCUUUCGUUACACCGGCACCACAUUUGCUCAGGCCAAUCUACACCCCAUGGCCAUUAAAAGUUAUUCAAAUCAUGACGCUGCACCCCACGGUUUAGGUUCUAGGGGAGCCAAAGAUAACCGUAAAAUCCACAUAUUUAAAAGUCUUAUAACUUUUUAUUUUUGUCCCCACUGGCCUCCAAGUUUUCUAGGAUGAUGCAAUGUCCAGCCAUCAACACAUUUGUGAAGGAAUUUUUACUCGGCAAAAGAGCGCCCCCCCAUGGCAGGAGAAAAAAGUCAAUUUUUUCUUGUCCACUACGGUGAAAAUACACAUUGUUGAGUGCUACGCCUGGAUGUUUUGUCGUAUUGACACAAAAUUUUACAUACACGUGUAUUUACAUAAGAUCUUCGAAAAAGUCAAUGGCCACGUAUCUGUAAAAUGUACGGUUAAAGGGUUAUUUCGCAUUUUUUGCAGAUUCGCACACAUUUGAAUUUCGCUAAUUCCUCCGAAGGCUUUCGUUCCACCGGCACCACAUUUGCUCAGGCCAAUCUACACCCCAUGGCCAUUAAAAGUUAUUCAAAUCAUGACGCUGCACCCCACGGUUUAGGUUCUAGGGGGCGCCAAAUAUAACCCUAAAAUCCACAUAUUUAAAAGUCUUAUAACUUUUUAUUUUUGUCCUCACUGGCCUCCAUGUUUUCUAGGAUGAUGCAAUGUCCAGCCAUCAACACAUUUGUGAAGGAGUUUUUUCUCUUUAAAAGAGCGCCCCCCAUGGCAGGAGAAUAAAGUCAAGUUUUUCCUGUUCAUCAUUCAAUGGCUCAAACGCACUGCUCUCUCGGCAAAAGCGAAAGGAGGAGCAACUUGCCAUUUGGAUAUAUCUUAGCUGUGUUUGUGCCCUCACUCAUGGUCCAGACUUUUUUCAAAUAGGACAUGGAGUUUUUCUGCAGCGAGCGUUUUGGUAGAAACUGCGCCUCCCGUUCAUUAUAAUGGUAAAUGACCACAAACAAGUGCGCACACCAUCUUUGGACCUUGAGUGUGACGCGAUCGGGUGGGGGAGGCGGUCGCGCUUGGGGCGGCGUGACACGGCUCGGGCCCGCCAGUGCCCCAACGGGGCCCUAGUUAUUAUUAUUUUUCCUCCCCUUUGAACUGGAAAAUGGCCCACUUCCCACUGGCGAAAACUCAUGAAAUUUGGCAGGACGACCGGGCCUGGUGAAAAAUUUGAUAUUCCGAAGUCGGCCAAACAAUAAAAUGCAAAAUGGCUCCAUAGCGCCCCCUAAGGUGAAAAUUCACACUAUUGACUGUCACGCGUGUACGCUUUGUCAAAAUGACACGAAAAUUGACACACACAUGUAUCUCAAUAAGAUCUACAAAAAAGUCAGUGCGGGCGUAUCUGUCAAAUGUACGGUUAAAGGGUUAUUUCGCAUUUUUUGCCGAUCCGCACACAUUGGAAUUUCGCUAACUCCUCCGAAGGCUUUCGUUCCACCGGCACCACAUUUGCUCAGGCCAAUCUACACCCCAUGGCCAUUAAAAGUUAUUCAAAUCAUGACGCUGCACCCCACGGUUUAGGUUCUAGGGGGCGCCAAAGAUAACCCUAAGAUCCACAUAUUUAAAAGUCUUAUAACUUUUUAUUUUUGCCCUCACUGGCCUCCAAGUUUUCUAGGAUGAUGCAAUGUCCAGCCAUCAACACAUUUGUGAAGGAAUUUUUACUCCCCAAAAGAGCGCCCCCCCAUGGCAGGAGAAAAAAGUCCAUUUUUUCUUGUCCCCUAAGGUGAAAAUACACAUUGUUGAGUGUAACACCUGUACGCUUUGGCAAAAUGACACAAAAAUUGACACACACAUGUAUCUCAAUAAGAUCUACGAAAAAGUCAAUGCGCGCGUAUCUGUCAAAUGUACAGUUAAAGGGUUAUUCCGCAUUUUUUGCCGAUCCGCACACAUUGGAAUUUCGCUAACUCCUCCGAAGGCUUUCGUUACACCGGCACCACAUUUGCUCAGGCCAAUCUACACCCCAUGGCCAUUAAAAGUUAUUCAAAUCAUGACGCUGCACCCCACGGUUUAGGUUCUAGGGGGCGCCAAAGAUAACCCUAAAAUCCACAUAUUUAAAAGUCUUAUAACUUUUUAUUUUUGUCCUCACUGGCCUCCAAGUUUUCUAGGAUGAUGCAAUGUCCAGCCAUCAACACAUUUGUGAAGGAAUUUUUACUCCCCAAAAGAGCGCCCCCCCAUGGCAGGAGAAAAAAGUCAAUUUUUUCUUGUCCCCUAAGGUGGAAAUUCACACUAUUGACUGUCACGCCUGUACGCUUUAUCAUAUUGACACAAAAAUUGACACACACAUGUAUCUCAAUAAGAUCUACGAAAAAGUCAAUGCACGCGUAUCUGUCAAAUGUACGGUUAAAGGGUUAUUCCGCAUUUUUUGUUGAUCCGCACACAUUGGAAUUUCGCUAACUCCUCCGAAGGCUUUCGUUCCACUGGCAUCACAUUUGCUCAGGCCAAUCUACACCCCAUGGCCAUUAAAAGUUAUUCAAAUCAUGACGCUGCACCCCACGGUUUAGGUUCUAGGGGGCGCCAAAGAUAACCCUAAAAUCCACAUAUUUCAAAGUCUUAUAACUUUUUAUUUUUGUCCUCACUGGCCUCCAAGUUUUCUAGGAUGAUGCAAUGUCCAGCCAUCAACACAUUUGUGAAGGAUUUUUUACUCCCCAAAAGAGCGCCCCCCCAUGGCAGGAGAAAAAAGUCCAUUUUUUCUUGUCCCCUAAGGUGAAAAUUCACAUUGUUGAGUGUGACACCUGUACGCUUUGUCAUAUUGACACAAAAUUUGACAAUCACGUGUAUCUCAAUAAGAUCUACGAAAAAGUCAAUGGGCGCGUAUCUGUCAAAUGUACGGUUAAAGGGCUAUUUUGCAUUUUUUGCCGAUUCGCACACAUUGGAAUGUGGCUAACUCCUCCUAAGGCUUUCGUCCCACCGACACCAAAUUUGCUCAAGCAGAUCUACAUCCCAUGGCCAUUCAAAGUUGUAAAAAUCAUGACGCUGCACCCCACGGUUUACGUUCUAGGGGGCGCCAAAGAUGACCCAAAUAUCCACAUUCUUAAAAGAAUCCACACACCCCCCCCCCCAAGGCAGAAGAAAAAGUCAAGUUUUUCCUGCCCAUCGCUCAAUGGCUCAAUCCAGCGCUCUCCAGGCAACACCGUAAGGAGGAGCAACCUGCCAUUUGGAUAUAUCCUAGCUGUGUUUGUGCCCUCACUCAUGGUCCAGACUUUUUUCAAAUAGGACAUGAAGUUUGUCUGCAGCGAGUGUUUUGGUAGAAACUGUGCCUCCCAUUCAUUAUAAUGGUAAAUGACCACAGACAAGUGCGCACACCAUCUUUGGACCUUGAGUGUGACGCGAUCGGGAGGGGGAGGCGGUCGCGCUGGGGGCGGCGCGACGCCGCUCGGGCCCGACAGUGCCCCACCGGGGCCCUAGUUUUUCUUUGUUCUUUUUUUUUGGUCUAACUAACUCCAAAAGGUUGGAAAAGAGUUCCUACAAAGGUUUUGGACAGGGAUUUUAACCCUAACGCCAUAAACCUUAAACCUUACCAUAGCCCCAUAACCUAAGACCCGGGUAUUACUUUCAGAAAGCCCGAACACCCCAAAUAUUUUUUUUUCAUUUUUCCUUUUUUUUUGGUGUAACCAACUCCAAAAGGUCUGAAACAUGUCCCUAAAGAGGUUUUGGACAGUGAUUUUGACCCUAACGCCAAAAACCUUAAACCUUCCCCUAGCCCCAUAACCUAAUAGCCGGGUAUUACCUUCAGGAAGCCCAAAAACCCCAAAUAUUUUUUUUUCAUUUCACAUUUUUUUGGUCUAGCUAACUCCAAAAGGUUGGAAAAGAGUUCCUACAAAGGUUUUGGACAGUGAUUUUAACUCUAACGCCAAUAAACUUAAACCUUACCAUAGCCCCUUGACCUAAUACCCGGGUAUUACCUUCAGGAAGCCCGAACACCCCAAAUAUAUUUUUUUUCAUUUUACAUUUUUUUUGGUGUAACCAACUCCAAAAGGUCUGAAACAUGUUCCUAAAAAGGUUUUGGACAGUGAUUUUAACCCUCACGCCAAAAACCUUAAACCUUACCCACGCCCUAUGACCUAAUACCCGGGUAUUACCUUCAGGAAGCCCGAACACCCCAAAUAUCUUUUUUUCAUUUUACAUUUUUUUUGGUGUAACCAACUCCAGAAGGUCUGAAACAUGUUCCUAAAAAGGUUUUGGACAGUGAUUUUAACCCUAACGCCAAAAACCUUAAACCUUACCCUAGCCCCAAAACCUAAUACCCGGGUAUUACCAUGAGGAAGCCCGAAAACCCCCAAUUUUUUUUUCUUUGUUCUUUUUUUUUUUGGUCUAACUAACUCCAAAAGGUUGGAAAAGAGUUCCUACAAAGGUUUUGGACAGUGAUUUUAACCCUAACGCCAAAAACCUUAAACCUUACCAUAGCCCCAUAACCUAAGACCCGGGUAUUACUUUCAGGAAGCCCGAACACCCCAAAUAUUUUUUUUUCAUUUUUCCUUUUUUUUUGGUGUAACCAACUCCAAAAGGUCUGAAACAUGUCCCUAAAGAGGUUUUGGACAGUAAUUUUAACCCUAACGCCAAAAACCUUAAACCUUACCCUAGCCCCAUAAACUAAUAACCGGGUAUUACCUUCAGGAAGCCCGAACACCCCAAAUAUUUUUUUUUCAUUUUUAAUUUUUUUUUUGGUCUAACUAACUCCAAAAGGUUGGAAAAGAGUUCCUACAAAGGUUUUGGACAGUGAUUUUAACCCUAACGCCAAAAACCUUAAACCUUACCAUAGCCCCAUGACCUAAUACCCGGGUAUUACCUUCAGGAAGCCCGAACACCCCAAAUAUAUUUUUUUUCAUUUUACAUUUUUUUUGGUGUAACCAACUCCAAAAGGUCUGAAACAUGUUCCUAAAAAGGUUUUGGACAGUGAUUUUAACUCUAACGCCAAAAACCUUAAACCUUACCAUACCCCCAUAACCUAAUACCCGGUUAUUACCUUCAGGAAGCCCGAACACCCCAAAUAUUACUUUUUCAUUUUUUUUUUUUUUUUUGGUGUAACCAACUCCAAAAGGUCUGAAACAUGUUCCUACAAAGGUUUUGGCAGUGAUUUUAACCCUAAGGCCAAAAACCUUAAGCCUUACCCUAGCCCCAUAACCUAAUAUCCGUAUUAUUAGGUUGAAGACCCCAAAUAUUUUUUUUUCAUUUUUCAUUUUUUUUUUGGUCUAACUAACUCCAAAAGGUUGGAAAAGAGUUCCUACAAAGGUUUUGGACAGUGAUUUUAACCCUAACGCCAAAAACCUUAAACCUUACCCUAGCCCCAAAACCUAAUACCGGGGUAUUACCUUCAGGAAGCCUGAACACCCCAAAUAUUUUUUUUCAUUUUUCGUUAUUUUUUGGUCUAACUAAUUCCAAAAGGUCUGAAACAUGUUCCUACAAAGGUUUUGGCAGUGAUUUUAACCCUAAGGCCAAAAACCUUAAGCCUUACCCUAGCCCCAUAACCUAAUAUCCGUAUUAUUAGGUUGAAGACCCCAAAUAUUUUUUUUUCAUUUUUCAUUUUUUUUUUGGUCUAACUAACUCCAAAAGGUUGGAAAAGAGUUCCUACAAAGGUUUUGGACAGUGAUUUUAACCCUAACGCCAAAAACCUUAAACCUUACCCUAGCCCCAAAACCUAAUACCGGGGUAUUACCUUCAGGAAGCCUGAACACCCCAAAUAUUUUUUUUCAUUUUUCGUUAUUUUUUGGUCUAACUAAUUCCAAAAGGUCUGAAACAUGUUCCUACAAAGGUUUUGGACACUGAUUUUAACUCUAACGCCAAAAACCUUAAACCUUACCCUAGCCCCAUAACAUAAUACCCGGGUAUUACCUUCAGGAAGCCCGAACACCCCAAAUAUCUAUUUUUUAUUUUUCUUGUUUUUUGGUCUAACUAACUCCAAAAGGUUGGAACAGAGUUCCUACAAAGGUUUUGGACAGUGAUUUUAACCCUGACGCCAAAAACCUUAAACCUUACCCUAGCCCCAAAACCUAAUACCGGGGUAUUACCUUCAGGAAGCCCGAAGACCCCAAAUAUUUUUUUUUCAUUUUUCAUUAUUUUUUGGUCUAAAUAAUUCCAAAAGGUCUGAAACAUGUUCCUACAAAGGUUUUGGACACUGAUUUUAACUCUAACGCCAAAAACCUUAAACCUUACCCUAGCCCCAUAACAUAAUACCCGAGUAUUACCUUCAGGAAACCCGAAAACCCCAAAUAUUUUUUUUUCUUUUUCUUUUUUUUUUUUUGUCAAACUAAAUCCUAAAGGUUGGAACAGAGUUCCUACAAAGGUUUUGGACAGUGAUUUUAACCCCAACGCCAAAAACCUUAAACCUAACCAUAGCCCCAUAACCUAAUACCCGGGUAUUACCUUCAGGAAGCCCGAACACCCCAAAUAUAUAUUUUUUAAUUUUAUUUUUUUUGGUCUAACUAACUCCAAAAGGUUGGAAAAGAGUUCCUACAAAGGUUUUGGACAGUGAUUUUAACCCUAACGCCAAAAACCUUAAACCUUUCCAAAGCCCCAUAACCUAAUACCCGGGUAUUACCUUCAGGAAGCCUGAACACCCCAAAUAUGUUUUUUUCAUUUUUCAUUUUUUUUUGGUCUAACUAACUCCAAAAGGUUGGAAAAGAGUUCCUACAAAGGUUUUGGACAGUGAUUUUAACCCUAACGCCAAAAACCUUAAACCUUACCAUAGCCCCAUAACCUAAUACCCGGGUAUUACCUUCAGGAAGCCCGAAAACCCCAAAUAUUGUUUUUUCAUUUUUCAUUUUUUUUUGGUCUAACUAACUCCAAAAGGUUGGAAAAGAGUUCCUACAAAGGUUUUGGACAGUGAUUUUAACCCUAACACCAAAAACCUUAAACCUUACCAUAGCCCCAUAACCUAAUACCCGGGUAUUACCUUCAGGAAGCGCGAAAUCCCCAACUAUUUUUUUUUCUUUUAUCUUUUUUUUGGUCUAACUAACUCCAAAAGGUUGGACAAGAGUUCCUACAAAGGUUUUGGACAGUGAUUUUAACCCUCACGCCAAAAACCUUAAACCUUACCCUAGCCCCAGGAAGCCUGAACACCCCAAAUAUUUUUUUUUCAUUUUACAUUUUUUUCUGGUGUAACCAACUCCAAAAGGUCUGAAACAAGUUCCUAAAAAGGUUUUGGACAGUGAUUUUAACCCUAACGCCAAAAAACCUUAAACCUUACCCUAGCCCCAUAACCUAAACCAGGUAUUACCUUCAGGAAGCCCGAACACCCCAAAUAUUUUUUUUUCAUUUUUCGUUAUUUUUUAGUCAAACUAACUCCAAAAGGUCUGAAACAUGUUCCUAAAAAGGUUUUGGACAUUGAUUUUAACCCUAACGCCAAAAACCUUAAACCUUACCCUAGCCCCAAAACCUAACACCGGGGUAUUACCUUCAGGAAGCCCGAACACCCAAAAUAUAUAUUUUUUUUUUUCUUUUUUUUUUUUGUCAAACUAAAUCCAAAAGGUUGGAAGAAAGUUCCUAUAAAGGUUUUGGACAGUGAUUUUAACCCUAACGCCAAAAACCUUAAACCUUACCAUAGCCCCAUAACCAAAAACCCGGGUAUUACCUUCAGGAAGCCCGAAAACCCCAAAUAUUUUUUUUCCAUUUUUCGUUUUUUUUGGUCUAACUAAUUCCAAAAGGUCUGAAACAUGUUCCUACAAAGGUUUUGGACACUGAUUUUAACCCUAAAGCCAAAAACCUUAAACCUUACCCUAGCCCCAAAACCUAAUACCCGGGUAUUACCUUCAGGAAGCCCGAACACCCCAAAUAUUUUUUUUUCAUUUUUCACUUUUUUUUGGUCUAACUAACUCCAAAAGGUUGAAAAAGAGUUCCUACAAAGGUUUUGGACAGUGAUUUUAACCCUAAGGCCAAAAACCUUAAACCUUACCAUAGCCCCAUAACCUAAUACCCGGGUAUUACCUUCAGAAAGCCCGAAACCACAAAUAUUGUUUUUUCAUUUUUCCUUUUUUUCUUGUCUAACUAACUCCAAAAGGUUGGAAAAGAGUUCCUACAAAGGUUUUGGACAGUGAUUUUAACCCUAACACCAAAAACCUUAAACCUUACCAUAGCCCCAUAACCUAAUACCCGGGUAUUACCUUCAGGAAGCGCGAAAUCCCCAACUAUUUUUUUUUCUUUUAUCUUUUUUUUGGUCUAACUAACUCCAAAAGGUUGGACAAGAGUUCCUACAAAGGUUUUGGACAGUGAUUUUAACCCUCACGCCAAAAACCUUAAACCUUACCCUAGCCCCAGGAAGCCUGAACACCCCAAAUAUUUUUUUUUCAUUUUACAUUUUUUUCUGGUGUAACCAACUCCAAAAGGUCUGAAACAAGUUCCUAAAAAGGUUUUGGACAGUGAUUUUAACCCUAACGCCAAAAAACCUUAAACCUUACCCUAGCCCCAUAACCUAAACCAGGUAUUACCUUCAGGAAGCCCGAACACCCCAAAUAUUUUUUUUUCCUUUUUCGUUAUUUUUUAGUCAAACUAACUCCAAAAGGUCUGAAACAUGUUCCUAAAAAGGUUUUGGACAUUGAUUUUAACCCUAACGCCAAAAACCUUAAACCUUACCCUAGCCCCAAAACCUAACACCGGGGUAUUACCUUCAGGAAGCCCGAACACCCAAAAUAUAUAUUUUUUAUUUUUCUUUUUUUUUUUUUGUCAAACUAAAUCCAAAAGGUUGGAAGAAAGUUCCCAUAAAGGUUUUGGACAGUGAUUUUAACCCUAACGCCAAAAACCUUAAACCUUACCAUAGCCCCAUAACCAAAAACCCGGGUAUUACCUUCAGGAAGCCCGAAAACCCCAAAUAUUUUUUUUUCAUUUUUCGUUUUUUUUUGGUCUAAAUAACUCCAAAAGGUUGGAACAGAGUUCCUACAAAGGUUUUGGACAGUGAUUUUAACCCCAACGCCAAAAACCUUAAACCUAACCAUAGCCCCAUAACCUAAUACCCGGGUAUUACCUUCAGGAAGCCCGAACACCCCAAAUAUAUAUUUUUUAAUUUUAUUUUUUUUGGUCUAACUAACUCCAAAAGGUUGGAAAAGAGUUCCUACAAAGGUUUUGGACAGUGAUUUUAACCCUAACGCCAAAAACCUUAAACCUUACCAAAGCCCCAUAACCUAAUACCCGGGUAUUACCUUCAGGAAGCCUGAACACCCCAAAUAUUUUUUUUUCAUUUUUCAUUUUUUUUUGGUCUAAAUAACUCCAAAAGGUUGGAACAGAGUUCCUACAAAGGUUUUGGACAGUGAUUUUAACCCUAACGCCAAAAACCUUAAACCUUACCCUAGCCCCAAAACCUAAUACCCGGGUAUUACCUUCAGGAAGCCCGAACACCCCAAAUAUUUUUUUUCCAUUUUUCGUUUUUUUUUGGUCUAACUAAUUCCAAAAGGUCUGAAACAUGUUCCUACAAAGGUUUUGGACAGUGAUUUUAACCCUAACGCCAAAAACCUUAAACCUUACCCUAGCCCCAAAACCUAAUACCCGGGUAUUACCUUCAGGAAGCCCGAACACCCCAAAUAUUUUUUUUUCAUUUUUCAUUUUUUUUGGUCUAACUAACUCCAAAAGGUCUGAAACAUGUUCCUACAAAGGUUUUGGACACUGAUUUUAACCCUAAAGCCAAAAACCUUAAACCUUACCCUAGCCCCAUAACCUAAUACCCGGGUAUUACCUUCAGGAAGCCCGAACACCCCAAAUAUUUUUUUUUCAUUUUUCAUUUUUUUUGGUCUAACUAACUCCAAAAGGUUGAAAAAGAGUUCCUACAAAGGUUUUGGACAAUGAUUUUAACCCUAAGGCCAAAAACCUUAAACCUUACCCUAGCCCCAUAACCUAAUACAUGAAUUACCUUCAGGAAGCCCGAACAACCCAAAUAUCUUUUUUUCAUUUUACAUUUUUUUUGGUGUAACCAACUCCAGAAGGUCUGAAACAGGUUCCUAAAAAGGUUUUGGACAGUGAUUUUAACCCUACGCCAAAUACCUUAAACCUUACCCUAGCCCGAAAACCUAAUACCCGGGUAUUACCUUCAGGAAGCCCCGAACACCCCAAAUAUAUAUUUUUUCAUUUUACAUUUUUUUUGGUGUAACCAACUCCAAAAGGUCUGAAACAUGUUCCUAAAAAGGUUUUGGACAGUGAUUUUAACCCUCACGCCAAAAACCUUGAACCUUACCAUAGCCCCAUAACCUAAUACCCGGGUAUUACUUUCAGGAAGCCCGAACACCCCAAAUAUUCCUUUUUCAUUUUUCUUUUUUUUUUGGUGUAACCAACUCCAAAAGGUCUGAAACAUGUUCCUAAAAAGGUUUUGGACAGUGAUUUUAACCCUAACGCCAAAAACCUUAAACCUUACCCUAGCCCCAAAACCCAAUACCCGGGUAUUACCUUCAGGAAGCCCGAAGACCCCAAAUAUUUUUUUUUCAUUUUUUUUUUUUUUUUUUGGUCUAACUAACUCCAAAAGGUUGGAAAAGAGUUCCUACAAAGGUUUUGGACAGUGAUUUUAACCCUAACGCCAAAAACCUUAAACCUUACCCUAGCCCCAUAACCUAAUACCCGGGUAUUACCUUCAGGAAGCCCGAAAACCCCAAAUAUAUUUUUUUCAUUUUUCAUUUUUUUUUGGUCUAACUAACUCCAAAAGGUUGGAAAAGAGUUCCUACAAAGGUUUUGGACAGUGAUUUUAACCCUAACGCCAAAAACCUUAAACCUUACCAUAGCCCCAUAACCUAAUACCGGGGUAUUACUUUUAGGAAGCCUGAACACCCCAAAUAUUUUUUUUUCAUUUUUCAUUUUUUUUUGGUCUAAGUAACUCCAAAAGGUUGGAAAAGAGUUCCUACAAAGGUUUUGGACAGUGAUUUUAACCCUAACGCCAUAAAACUUAAACCUUACCCUAGCCUUAAAAUCUAAUACCCGGGUAUUACAUUCAGGAAGCCCGAAAACCCCAAACAUUUCUUUUUCAUUUUUCAUUUUUUUUUGGUCUAACUAACUCCAAAAGGUUGGGAAAGAGUUCCUACAAAGGUUUUGGACAGUGAUUUUAAACCUAAUGCCAAAAACCUUAAACCUUACCAUAGCCCCAUAACCUAAUACCCGGGUAUUACCUUCAGGAAGCCCGAACACCCCAAAUAUUUUUUUUUCAUUUUACAUUUUUUUUGGUGUAACCAACUCCAAAAGGUUGGAAAAGAGUUCCUACAAAGGUUUUGGACAGUGAUUUUAACCCUAACGCCAAAAACAUUAAACCUUACCAUAGCCCCAUAACCUAAUACCCGGGUAUUACCUUCAGGAAGCCCGAACACCCCUAAUAUAUUUUUUUUCAUUUUACAUUUUUGUUGGUGUAACCAACUCCAAAAGGUUGGUAUUACACCCCACCCUUAGGCGGCCCUAUGGGGCUAACAACAAUCCUCAACUUUUUACCCAUCAAAUUAACCAAAACACCUUCAAAAGUUUAACACGUGAUUUAUUGUGAAAAAACAACAAAAUUGCAAACUAAACACAAAGCACCCACAACACAAAUGAGAGGCAGCAGGGCAGCAGUUCCCCACCAAAUGCCUCUCCAGACUGCAGGCAGCUCUGGGCUUUUAGACUCCCAGCACCAGGUGAGUCUGAUUGUCACUCAAGUGAUUUCACCUGGGCAGCUAUGGAGAGACAAAAGAGGAAAACACAUGCAAAACAAACACACAGCCGUAACAGUUGGAAAAGAGUUCCUACAAAUGUUUUGGACAGUGAUUUUAACCCUAACGCCAUAAAACUUAAACCUUACCCUAGCCUUAAAAUCUAAUACCCGGGUAUUACAUUCAGGAAGCCCGAAAACCCCAAAUAUUUUUUUUUCAUUUUGAUAUUUUUUUGGUCUAACUAACUCCAAAAGGUUGGAAAAGAGUUCCUACAAAGGUUUUGGACAGUGAUUUUAACCCUAACGCCAAAAACCUUAAACCUUACCAUAGCCCCAUAACCUAAUACCGGGGUAUUACAUUUAGGAAGCCUGAACACCCCAAAUAUUUUUUUUUCAUUUUUCAUUUUUUUUUUGGUCUAACUAGCUCCAAAAAAUUGGAAAUGAGUUCCUACAAAGGUUUUGGACAGUGAUUUUAACCCUAACGCCAAAAAACUUAAACCUUUCCCUGGCCUUAAGAUCUAAUACCCGGGUAUUACCUUCAGGAAGCCCGAAAACACCAAAUAUUUUUUUUUUCAUUUUUCAUUUUUUUUUGGUCUAACUAACUCCAAAAGGUUGGAAAAUAGUUCCUACAAAGGUUUUGGACAGUGAUUUUAACCCUAAUGCCAAAAACCUUAAACCUUACCAUAGCCCCAUAACCUAAUACCCGGGUAUUACUUUAGGAAGCCUGAACACCCCAAAUAUUUUUUUUUCAUUUUUCAUUUUUUUUUGGUCUAACUAACUCCAAAAGGUUGGAAAAGAGUUCCUACAAAGGUUUUGGACAGUGAUUUUAACCCUAACGCCAAAAACCUUAAACCUUACCCUAGCCCCAUAACCUAAUACCCGGGUAUUACCUUCAGGAAGCCCGAACACCCCAAAUAUUUUUUUUUCAUUUUUCAUUUUUUUUUGGUCUAACUAACUCCAAAAGGUUGGAAAAGAGUUCCUACAAAGGUUUUGGACAGUGAUUUUAACCCUAACGCCAAAAACCUUAAACCUUACCAUAGCCCCAUAACCUAAUACCCGGGUAUUACCUUCAGGAAGCCUGAACACCCCAAAUAUUUUUUUUUUCAUUUUUCAUUUUUUUUUGGUCUAAGUAACUCCAAAAGGUUCGAAAAGAGUUCCUACAAAGGUUUUGGACAGUGAUUUUAACCCUAACGCCAAAAACCUUAAACCUUACCCUAGCCCCAUAACCUAAUACCCGGGUAUUACCUUCAGGAAGCCCGAACACCCCAAAUAUUUUUUUUUCAUUUUUCAUUUUUUUUUUGGUCUAACUAACUCCAAAAGGUUGGAAAGAGUUCCUACAAAGGUUUUGGACAGUGAUUUUAACCCUAACGCCAAAAACCUUAAACCUUACCAUAGCCCCAUAACCUAAUACCCGGGUAUUACCUUCAGUAAGCCGGAACACCCCAAAUAUUUUUUUUUUCAUUUUACAUUUUUGUUGGUGUAACCAACUCCAAAAGGUUGGAAAAGAGUUCCUACAAAGGUUUUGGACAGUGAUUUUAACUCUAACGCCAAAAACCUUAAACCUUACCAUAGCCCCAUAAACUAAUACCCGGGUAUUACCUUCAGGAAGCCCGAACACCCCAAAUAUCUUUUUUUCAUUUUACAUUUUUGUUGGUGUAACCAACUCCAAAAGGUUGG